AUGGAUGAUCAAUUUAUGUCAGAAAAUGUUGGCAGCCAUCAUAAUAGACGUAGUGAAAGUGAGGUUCUUGAUAUUUACCCACUCAGCUGUUACUAUUUUGGCUCUAAAGAAACCACCCCAGUAAAGAACGAGACUUUAUAUGAUCGCGUCCUUCGUAUGAAAGCCAAUUAUGAUGCCCAUGGAAUGAGGAACUGUGUGGCGGCUGUAAUUGUGGUGGAACUGUUCAAACACCCGCAUCUCUUGGUGCUGCAAGUAAAUAACUCCAUAUUUAAACUGCCAGGUGGUCGCUUAAGACCAGGUGAAUCAGAUAUCGACUGCUUGAAACGCAAGCUCUCGAGCAAGUUAUCUGUAGGUGAAAAUGGUCGUGGGCCAGAAUGGCAAGUUGGAGAGUGUCUUGGAAUGUGGUGGAAACCCGACUUUGAAACGUUGCUGUAUCCAUAUUUGCCACCAAACAUUACGAGGCCUAAGGAGUGCACAAAACUCUUUCUCGUCAAGCUGCCCCCCAGUCGGAGAUUCAUUGUACCAAAGAACUUUAAACUUCUCGCAGUUCCAUUGUGCGAGAUUCAUGAUAAUCACAAGGCCUAUGGACCGAUAAUUUCAGGGGUUCCACAGCUACUAUCCAAAUUCUCCUUCAACAUUGUAGAAUCCUGA